AUGGAAUGGCCAAAACAACAAGCAUCUCAAAUCGACUCAGCUGAGUUCAGCAAUGAGGAUUACAACAUUCGUUCACCGGCGCGCACCAAGCUUUUGGUCCAAAUUAAAGAAGUAAUCGGCAAUGUUUCCGUCUCCCCCGCUUUCUGGGCUUGUUGUCACCUUGCCGAUAUGAACUGCUUGCGAGAUAUCGCCAAUUCGCCAGAGCAGAUGAUUCUUGGGUAUGAUGAGCCGUUGGUUUUCCUGUCAUUGCGAUGGACUCAACGAUUCCGAGAUUCUGGACUCCCCGGAUCAGAGGUAGCCUCACAGCGUUCAGAGGGUCCAAAUAAGCACAAAGUGAAUCCAGACGGACAAUCAUGGGUGCAGCGAUCGGUGGAGGAGGCGAAUAACCGAAGUCCAUAUUGUUCCAUAAUACUCCGGUCUGACAAUGCACCAUGCAGAGAGCGCGACGAUGACAAGUGCGUCCUGACGAAGCAGCCGUUGCCUGAGGCAGCCCAUAUAUUCCCCUGCCGUGUGCUCGAUUCGCCCGCUAAAGGGAGCCGAACAUCCAGUAUGAUCCCGGAUUUUUGGAAGCUUCUACGUCUUUUCUGGGAGAAGGAUCGAGUCAACAAAUGGAAAGAGACGAUCUUUCCGAGUUCCCAGAAUCCUAAUACUGAUAUCGACAAAUGCUUCAACCUCAUCUCCCUCGACGCCAGCGCGCAUGUCAAGUGGGCCAACGGGUUGUUCGCACUCAAGCCACUGGAACUUUCAGGCGAUCAGAAGCAGCUUACUGUUCAAUUCUUCUGGCAAGUUCCUGGCAAUUACGACAUUUCAAGCCGGAUUGAUUUGCUUACAGAACCCGCAUCAUCGAAAGGUUUGGAGAACGCCGGCGGACAUGUAUUACCUCGCGUUGUGGAUGGCGGCCCAGCGCGCUUUAUUCGUUCUGGAGAUAUGUUCACUUUCACCACCAAGGAUCCGAAAAAUCUACCGUUACCGAGCAUGAAGCUCUUAGAGAUGCAAUGGUUUCUUCAACGUCUCGUGGGAAUGUGCGGUGGUGCGGGAUGGCCAAGUUUGGACUUGGAUGACGAUGAAAAUAUCGAUGAUGGCCGUGGUUGGCUCAUUCCGGACCACACUUCUAUUGUGGACAAUCCCUUGAAAAGAGUCUGCGAACGGGUUUCUGCCGAGGAGGCUGCAGGCAUCACACCGGAGAUUUCCAACGGCGACGCCAUGUCCUUCUGA